AAGCGACUUACGUAAUGUCAACUGUCAUUAUAGUCAAGAUAGUUUUACGCUCAAUUUUCGUUUUAUCUAUGUUAUAGGUCAACACAAUUCAUUAGAAUAAUUAAUUUAAGUUUGUUAUUCUGUGAUAAUUUUCUGUAGAUGGUGUACGCAAAUCAUAUAAAUACUAAUUAUAAAGGUUUUCCAUGGUGUAUACUACGUUUGGUUUAGGUUAAGAUUAUUAGUUAAUGUUUAUAUUGUAUAAAAUUUUACAUUGAAACUAAGGUAUACCUACUAACAUCUAAGAACAUUUUAAAAAUGAGUGCACAACCAAGCCCAGCAAAUCAAACAGUUGAACGUGAAAGGGUUUAUAUGUGGAUUCUGGAACUCACAAAUCCAGAAACUAGAGAAAAUGCUCUUUUAGAAUUAAGUAAAAAAAGGGAGGUAGUGCCGGAUUUAGCACCCAUGCUGUGGAAUAGUUUUGGCACAACUGCUGCAUUAUUACAAGAAAUUAUUAAUAUUUAUCCCGCAAUAAACCCACCAACUCUUACUGCACAUCAGUCUAAUAGGGUGUGCAAUGCUUUAGCUCUUCUUCAGUGUGUAGCUUCACAUUCAGAAACUAGGUCACAGUUUUUACUCGCCCAUGUUCCUUUAUUUUUAUAUCCAUUUUUACACACUUCAUCAAAGACCAGGUCAUUUGAAUACUUAAGACUAACAAGCUUAGGAGUUAUAGGAGCUUUAGUAAAGACGGAUGAACAAGAGGUGAUAACUUUCUUAUUAACCACAGAAAUAAUUCCUUUGUGCUUAAGAAUUAUGGAAUCUGGUUCUGAACUUAGUAAGACUGUUGCAACUUUUAUUUUACAAAAGAUAUUAUUAGAUGAUAGUGGAUUGUCCUACAUUUGUCAAACAUAUGAUAGGUUUAGUCAUGUAGCUAUGAUUUUGGGUAAAAUGGUUAUAUCUCUUGCCAAAGAACCUUCAGCUAGGCUAUUAAAACAUGUUGUAAGGUGUUAUCUUCGGUUAUCAGAUAAUCCAAGGGCUAGAGAAGCUCUUAGACAAUGUCUUCCUGAUCAAUUGCGAGAUAAUACUUUCAAUGUAUGCCUUCAAGAAGAUAAAUCUACGACACAUUGGUUAGCCCAGUUAUUGAAAAAUUUGGAAACAACAGCUGCGACUGAUCCAAGACAAGUUGGAAUGUCCCCAUUAACUUCUCAAUAGUAUAUAAGAUUGUUGGGAAGGUAAAUAAUCUGAAAACUUGUAUGAAACGGCUGUGUAACCAAAUUUACAAGACAACUGUACAUCUAAAAAUAGUUAUUGAAAAUAUAAAGUUUGCAAAAUGAACAUAAUAUAAAAGAUUAUUAAGUAUGAUAUUCACAAAAGAAUUGUUAACCGUGAAAAAUAUAUUUUACUCUAAAACUUUUUAUAUGUUAGGUUUUCAGUUGAUUAUUGAAAAUUUAUAAAAUAUUAGGGAACUAAAAUAGUGAAGUUCCAAGCAUCUAUAAUUUAUUAUGAGAAUAACUGGAAAUCUUCAUUUAAUUUAAAUAAUCACAUUAUCAAACGUUUACAAUAGAUACUUCUAGGGGUGCAUUCCACUAAGCAUUCACGGCGCCUGAAAUACUCUUUUAGGCGUUCCACAUAUCGUCGCGGCUAGAACUUCACUCAUGACUUCAGGUCGACCCUUGUCGGGAGGUGGGUCGAAGUGAGCUACCCAGAUUGCAACUAUGAGAAUACUUUUGAAGCAUUUUUAUGAGACACCACCAAAUAUUUUACUGGAACUCCAAAAGAUAUUUUCAUUUUACUAUUAAUCAGUUAAACACUCAAAUAAAAAUUCAAUAACUUACAAAUUAUAACAUAACCUCUUAAAGCUUUCGAUUUAUUUUAUUCGUUAAUAUUUAUCUCAACGUUCAAAACGCCUUGCAAGCCAUUCCACUUGGGUUUACAAUUAUAACGCUCUGGUUCGGGAAAGAUAGUGGCCGUGAGAGUGAUUGGGUGCUUAGUGGAAUGUACCCUAUAAGGAAAAUCAGAAACCACUUGAAGAUUACAACUUAAACCUGUGUGUCUAAUUCAUAGCUUUCUAAAAUGAAUUUUCAUUUUGUAAAAUAUUUUAAUCCCAAAACUAAGUUCAUGUUAACCCUCUACUUGAUUGUAUUUGAAUAUUUGAUGGUUGUUUAGGCUUUAUUUGAAAAUAAAAUUUACUACAAAAAAGAAAAUUAAAAAAAUUUACUUACAUAAACAAAAAAACAAUAAAGGUCGUAUAGGGGUUCGUAUGCACCCAAAACAAAUUUUAAUAAAAAAAGUACAGACAUAUAUAGGUUCGUAUGAAGAAUGAAGAAACAAAUACAAAUUGAGGUGUUUAGUAUAAAAUAAAAACUACAAUAAUUUUAAUUAUGACACGAUGAUAAAUAAACAGUUUCGUUAACAUUUGUUACACUUUGUGUAAGUUUUUUUGCCACGAAAUUGACAUUUUUGUCGUUUUUUCAUACAUUCAGGUAUAUGGUCUAUUUUGUCAGUUCUCAUGGAGUAUAAAGGUACAUCUUGAUGACUGAUAGGAACUUACCUCACUUUCUUUGGUAGUAGGACUUCCUUGCCAAGAAACUGGUGUUCCAUCUCUACUGUGAUUUACAGGACGCCUUCUUUUUCUUGCCAUUAUAGUUUUACCUAAUUUGUCUAAGUGUUCUGAAACAGCUUGCUUGAAAUCAAAUAUAGACAUGUAAACGUCUGAAUUGUUUCUGUGCUGUUUUUACCAUUUUUUGGAUUUCAAAUGAAUUCUAUACAACCCAAGCAUAGAGUCCAAUAAAGCAACGCCCUGCAUAAGCCAAUUACAUACGUCGUUGGUUCACUACCUACCUAAGUCGAAAGCAUAUUAACCGGUUUAUUAUCAAACCAAGUAACGGCACCAACACUAUCUUCGUCAAUGAAAAAUCCACGUUUUUGUUUUUUCAACUCUUUCUGGCGGCAUAUCUAUAUUAGGAACUCUGCUCAGGCGCACUGCACCUAGAAGCAAAAGUCCGAUCUUCUUAAGAUGUACCUGGAGCUUAGAGCUAUUGAACCAAUUAUCCAAAAAUAUCUUGGAACUGUUUCAAUAAGACUAGUUACGACAUUGCCGCGAACACCCAAAUCUGGUGCAUCUUCAGGUCGUAUAUUACUUUUAUCAAAAAUAUCAGAAAAAUAUCAAAAUCAUAACUAAAUCCUGAAACUGACGAACUUUUGUAAGGGUUAUCUGUUCAUCAAUUGACAGAUAUUCCUCUUCGGACACUAGUAAAAGUUGCUGCCUAAUGCCAUCUAAAAGUGGGCAUACUUUGAAUAACUUAUCAUGACGUGGAAGUGUAAUUUUUUUUAUUUCAAAUCUAUUGCAUGUCAUAAUUUCGAAAAUUUGUGGCCGUCCUAAAGUAUUGUUCCAAUAAUAUCGUGAGGCAGGUAAUUAUACUAUAGACAUGAAUAUUACCCUGCCAAUAAGUUACUCCAUUUCUUGUUCGUUUGUGAUAGUUUAUAUCAGAUCCUCAGAAAUUAAAAUAAGAAAAAAUAUGCAGGUGUUUCAAGUUUUUCUAAUAAACUCUGGUAACUGUGUGGCUUCAAUAAAUUUAAAAUUAUUUUCAUCAAAAGCCUUUAAUUUUUUGGAUACUCAUUUUAUUUCAAUGGCCUUAUCUUGUUGUGACUUUCCAUUUUUCUGCGUGCUCAGAGCAAUCACUAUCUGAUUCGGGUAUAACAAGAGAACAUCUAACAUGUUGAAAUUGUCUAUGGAGAACAUAUUCACUAUCAGAAUGAGAAGCUAAUUCAUCAUCACUAAGCGAGCCGUCCCCCGUCCAUUCUGCAAGCAAGGAAAAACGAUCUCAUGCCAUUCGGUAAAAAAUUAAUAGCGCAUAUUAAACCAUAUAUGGUUUCAUACCAAAAACCCCCAAUAUGUAAAAAAGUAAGGAUCAAAUAACAGGUUUAUAGAAUAGUACAAUAACAACACCAUGUUUUAUUUUUUUAUCGCACAAAACUUGUCUUUUUCAUGUAGAAAAUCUCUUUUGAAAAAUUUGUUUACAGACACUGAGUUGUAUUUGACAGAAGAGCUUAGAAAAGUCAGGUUAUAACCAAAAGGAUGUUAGACCAUAGACAACACAAAAAUUUUUCGUAUUGCCAACAUAACAAUUAGAAUGUCCUGCGUGUAGUUAUUGCUUGUGCAAUAUAACGCGAAAAAAAUAUAUUAAAACUGGUGAACCAUGUAUGGGUUUAUAUGCGGUAGAGGGUUAACUAAUAUGAAAAGUCAAAAUUUGAAGUAUGUUAUUGAAUUAUAUUGGAACUUUACUUUGAAAUCUUGUAUGAUUGCAGCAGACGAGAGAAAUACAAUUGCCAUUCUGACAAGUUUAUUCAUUUUAAUUUUCUUUUGUAUACUAUUAUUAAAAUUUCUGACUUUUUAUGUGUUUUUAAUAUUUUUGUUCAGGUAUAUGUUACUUCAUAUCAUUUUUUUGUUAAAUCCCGAAUCGAGGCUGUAUAAUUUAUUUGUGAUUUAGGUAAAUGUAUUUGUAUAAUUCUUCAAUAAAUGUGUAUGUCUGA